GAUGAUUCCAGUGACAUUCCUAAUAUCCUCUCCCAAUUCUAAUCUUCCCACUGCAGCUCCUGGUUUGCGUAUCUUCUGUCCCCUCUGCCUCGUUACUCAUCCUUACAUGGAAGCUUGAUGUGUUUACAUCAUCCAGUCAGCUCAUUUUGUCCUAGCCCCUCCUCCAUCUAACCUUUUGAAGCAGUGUCUCCCCACUGCAACACCUGUAUCUCGACGACCUGCUAACGACAACAUCUAUUCGACCUUUCACCACCUUUACAGGUCCGCCGUUUACGAAUCAUUUACCAUGAACUUCAUAUGACCGAUUCCCUUCUACGGCUUCCAUCUGCGUCUGCAUCAACACCAGAGUCUAUACCUGGUCCUUGACCACCCGCUCCCAUCAUGGCCAGCCUUCAUGCCGCCCUCAAAUACCUCUCCCCUACCAAGUUCUCCGACGUUCCCAGCGAGCAGGAAGACCUAGAUCCUCACCUUGCCGAUUUAUUCACUCAUGUGCAGGCCAUCGUCGAGUCCAUCCCCAUGCCAGACCCGGGUCCCUCACAGACCAACGUCCACACCCAUGCCACUCACCCCGCAACCUCUGCCGCUGAGAUGACCAUUUCCUCCGCACGCAGUCCGCCCCCCGCUCCAGAACAUCUUGCUCUACAAAAAGAAUGGGGAAAGCCAAUCAAGCUUUCGGCAAAAGAAAAUCCCAUGAAUAUGGCCGUCUACAAAUUGGGUAGCAAGGACGGCAAGGGUGCUUGGUUUGCCCGGAGAAGUGUCCAUGAGGGUUUGGGUUUCUCUCAGUUCAAGCGAGGGUUUGAACGCGAGUUCCCCACGUCGCUGGCGGUUCAAGGCGCGCCAGGCGAAGGCAACAUUCGAGGAAUUGGUGCUGAAACAAAGGUCGAAGAUAUCUCUGUACCGAAUCGGGGCAGGAUCGAAGUCUAUCGCCUGAGUGCUCAAUUCCCUGGUCCGACCACACCACGAGACUUUGUCACUUUGUUGGUUACUUCGUCAAAGGCAAUGAAACCUCACGGCGAUGCUCACAAAUCCCCAGAUCUUGUCCCUCGCCACUACAUGAUCGUCUCCAAGCCUUGUGACCACCCUGACACUCAACCCCGUGCGGGCUUCAUUCGUGGCCAGUAUGAGUCGGUCGAAUUCAUCCGUGAGAUUCCCAGGAAGCUGAAGGCCUCGCAGUCAACAACUGAUCUGAGCAAACUUGCUCAUCUACGUCCUAGCUCACCAAAUAUGGAUAAUGAUGCAGCAAAUUCGACCAGCAGUCCCACACAUGAUCAGCAAAGGACCAACAAACACCUGUCCGUCGACACAGACCAAUCUUCUGCUCUUAGAGAACUGUCUCCCUCCAGUCGGAAAAGAGGUGCCACUGUUGGAUUUCCUGCUAACUCAGGAAGUCACACUGAUGCUGCUCCUCACCAUGAUCCAGAAGAUAACCCCGUAGAGUGGAUCAUGGUCACUCGUAGUGAUCCUGGCGGCAGUGUUCCUCGUUUCAUGGUGGAGAGAGGAACACCUUCCAGCAUCUGUGCAGACGCGAUCAAGUUCCUGGACUGGGCUUGUCAACGAGAUGAUGGCGACGAGGCCCUGGAAAGACCAGGUACUCAACGACGUGAGAGCUUCGCAAGUUGGCAAGCCAACGGCACUCUUGCAGGCAUCCGUGAACACGAAGAAAGUCUCGGGUCGGCUAUCGAGGAAUCAGAUAACUCAGAACCAACCACCCCCAAAGCCAACGAAUCCAAAGCAGAACCCUUUCCGGAUAUCGAACCUGACAAACCAGAAUCAGCCCCUCAUUCGCCGUCGUCCCCUUCCCAUAUUCUCGCAGCUGUUUCCGAAACACUGACGGCGUACACCCCACAAGUUGUGCGUGACCAUAUCCCCUACCUCCAUCCACACACAAAUCCACCUCAUGAGGAACCGGCCUCUCAAGUCAAUGGAAUCCGCGCAGCAUCACAAUUACCCCUCGAACAGUCACAGCCUGAAAGCUCCGAUGAUAGGGAUGAUGACGAUGUGUCAUCAAUCAUCUCCGCCACAUCUUAUGCCUCGGCCGAUUCACACCUACCUUCAUCCCCAUCAUUCUCGUCAAAGUCUCUCUCUCAGCAGACGAGCGAAUCCCAAAUCUUGACACAGCACAACAAAGAAUUGACCAAGCUGGCGGAACGCAAAGCCACUAUGGAUGCCAAGAUAGCACUUCAACGUGACAAGAUCAACAGCCAGGCCAAACAGGACACGGAAAAGGAACAAGCUGCACUCAAGAAGGCUGAAGAGAAGCAUGAUCGGGAGCUGAAGAAAAGCGAAGAGAAAUACAAAAAGGAAGUGGCCAAGCUUGAGCACAAAAAGGCCAAGGAGACCAAAAAGCAAGAAGAACGCCAAAGAAAACUGGCAGAUAAGGAUGAAAAAGCGAGACUGACUCGCGAACGUGACGAAGCACGGGCACAAGUGGAACUCCUCAAGACAGAGGGCGAAAUCUUCCAACGACAAAUUGGGGAACUACAAAGAGAAAACACGGCGUUGACGGCGAGGCUGGGGAAACUUGAGUUGGGAGCAAGCGGCAAUGGAGGCCUCAGUGGAAUCUCCACUCCAGCAUUACUGGAAACACCUCCCAGCGCAUCACGAUUUCGAGGUCUGACCUUUGGCGAAGGCCGAAACCGCAGCUCCAGCACAUUGACAAGGCUGAUCAAACCCAAAGACCGCAGUGACACUCUUACUUCAGAAGGAAGUAGCAGCCAAUUAUCAAAAGGGUCAUGAUCAUGGAGUGGAAGGAGUCGAUUCAGUCGGAUUGUAUUGGUUGGUACUAGAAGCGAACUGCUAUUUGCUAUUUCAGCGAAGGAGCCGGCACUGGUGUUGAAUCGGAUUGGAAUACUGCCUUGUCGUUUUUAUUCUUUUGGUGUAAUCCAAUCUUGUUUCGUUUGGAUUGGACGAUGGAGAUGAUGAAGAUGAACCAAUUGACUUGACUGCCUAGGCUAGGCGCGGCUAGCGGAUGGACCGAUGAACGGCGCGAAGGAAAAGUAACCUUGUCUAACGGAUGCGGGAUAUGAUUGUAAAUAAAGCAUAUGAUGACAUAGCAACCAGGUAUAUCCUAAAGUAAGUUCACACUC